AUGCUCCAAGAAAGGUUGCGUGUCCUCGUCGUCGGUAACGGCGGUCGUGAACAUGCUUUCGCCUGGAAAUUGAGCCAGUCGCCCUCCGUGGAUAUCGUCUAUGUUGCGCCUGGAAACGGCGGUACUGGGUUAGACGCACCUUCGAAAAUUGUCAAUGUCGCAGUCAAAUCGGAUGACUACCCCGGCCUUGUCGCUUUCGCACAGAAGAACAAUGUCAACUUGGUUGUUCCGGGACCCGAGGCACCUCUGGUUGAUGGUAUUCAGGGUUAUUUCCAAGCUGUUGGCAUUAGAUGUUUCGGCCCUACAAAAGCUGCAGCUCGGAUGGAAGGAUCCAAAGCAUUCAGCAAAGACUUUAUGAAACGACACAAUAUCCCCACCGCCGCAUACGAGAAUUUCACCGACUACGAAGCCGCGCGCAAAUACCUCGAUUCCGUGAAUCAUGAAGUCGUCAUCAAGGCCAGCGGAUUAGCAGCAGGAAAGGGUGUGAUUAUCCCAACUACAAAGGAGGAAGCACACAGAGCUCUUCGUGAGAUUAUGCUGGACCAUCAGUUUGGAGCUGCUGGGGAUGAGGUUGUUAUUGAGGAGUUUCUCGAUGGAGACGAACUCAGUAUCCUCACUUUCAGCGAUGGUUAUUCUAUCAAAUCUCUUCCGCCAGCACAAGACCAUAAGCGUGUUUUUGAUGGAGAUCAAGGUCCAAACACUGGAGGCAUGGGUUGUUAUGCGCCGACACGGAUUGCUUCGAAGGAGACUUUGGAGCAGAUUGAUAGGGACAUUGUUCAGCCAUCAAUUAAUGGAAUGAGACGAGAGGGUUUCCCAUUCGUCGGUAUACUUUUCACAGGAUUGAUGAUGACCAAGAACGGCCCGAAAGUCCUAGAGUAUAAUGUCCGUGGAGGCGAUCCAGAAACCCAGACUUUACUUCCACUCCUGAGCAAGGACACAGAUUUGGCAGAGGUUAUGGUUGCAUGCACAGAACACUGGUUGGACGGUGUGUCAAUCUCCGUCGGACCCAACUUCUCUGCAACCGUCAUCGCCGUGGCAGGAGGCUAUCCCGGCUCAUACGCAAAGGGUACCCCGAUUACAUUAGAUCCCGUACCGGAAGAUACCUUGAUAUUCCAUGCCGGCACCUCCCUCGUUGACAAGGUCCUCCAGACCUCUGGCGGCCGUGUCAUCGCAGCCACAUCUAUAGCAUCUUCGUUAGAAGAGGCGGUACGACGAAGCUACGUUGGUAUUUCCACCAUUCACUUUGACGGCAUGCACUACCGCAAAGAUAUCGCACACCGGGCAUUCCGUGAUGCCGCAAAGAAGACUGAAGAAGGUUUCACAUACGCCAGCGCUGGCGUCUCAAUCGACGCCGGAAAUGAUCUUGUCAACAAGAUCAAAGCCUCUGUUGCUCGUACCCGUCGCCCGGGCUCUGAUGCAGUCAUUGGCGGAUUUGGUGGUACUUUCUCUCUAGCAGCAGCAAACCCUGCAUACCACCCACAAUCACCGACAUUGAUCGGUGCCAUUGACGGGGUAGGCACAAAGCUCAAGAUUGCACACGCCGUCGGUAUCCACGACACGGUUGGAAUUGACUUGGUCGCCAUGAACGUCAACGACUUGGUCGUCCAGGGCGCCGAGCCCCUUUUCUUCCUGGAUUGCUACUCAUGCGGCAAACUCGACGUCCAAACAGCAGCAGACUUCGUCACCGGUGUAGCAGAAGGAUGUUAUCAAGCCGGAUGUGCACUUAUCGGUGGCGAAACAGCCGAAAUGCCCGGUCUCUUCCUUGACGAAGCCUACGACGCCGUCGGUGCCGCAGUAGGCGCCAUCAAUACCAGCGGUCCCAACGCCCGCACCUUGCUCCCAGAUACAUCCUCCAUGAAGCCAGGCGAUAAACUCCUUGCCCUUGCCUCUGCCGGCGUCCAUUCCAACGGGUUUUCUCUCGUCCGCAAAAUCGUCGAUCAUUCAGGUCUAACUUACAACUCCGCUGUGCCCUUCACCUUCACACCUCCCUCAUCCUCCUCUUUAUCCACAAAACCACAAACCCUAGGCACAGCCCUCCUAACCCCAACACGAAUUUACGUGAAGCCUCUCCUGAAAGCCCUCACAAUCCCCUCCUCGCAACACACCACCUCCACAGCCGCCAUCAAGGGAAUGGCACACAUCACGGGAGGCGGAUUAAUCGAAAACGUACCUCGAAUGUUACCACCAACACUCAGCGCACACAUCGACGUCUCAUCCUGGCCCUUACCACCGGUUUUCCAAUGGCUCAAACGCACGGGUAAUGUAUCAAGUCACGAAAUGUCGCGCGCUUUUAAUUGUGGUGUUGGUAUGGUACUCGUCGUGGAUAGUGAUUGUGUUGAUGCUGUAGCAAAGGUAUUAGAGCAGGAAGGGGAGACGGUUUAUAGGGUUGGUGAGUUGGAGGUUAGAGGUAGUGGGAAGGAUGAAGGGUGUGUUUUGGCUGGGUUAGAGAGUUGGGAUAUUUAG